GCCUGCCCAGAAGCUCCAGCCAGAAGAAAGCCUUCAAGCCCAGAAAAUUGAUAUCGGCGGCAGCAGCAGCAAUGGCCGAGCAGAUGGCCGAGCAGAUGAAGCAAAUAAGCCAGGGGAUGAUUGGAUGCCCCGUGAAUAUCAUAUGGGGGACCACGGGGAGGGGCGGGCCUUGGAGAACAAAGCACCGUCGGCAGAGGCUUCUUUGGGGCCCCUCCGAAAAGGCCCCUCGCUGCUAAUCGACCGGCAGCAGAUUCGGUCGGUGGCCCCCAAGGACCAAGCGCUUGAACUCAGAGGCCUGCUGGGAGUCGAGGUCUACGACCAAGAGGUCUUGGAGCAUGGAGUCCUUCAGCAGAUAGACAAGGCGAUCGGUGAAGCCGCUGAAGGGCGUCCACUUCAUGAUGCUCCUGAAACAGGCGACCAAGCUGAAUUGGAAGGUGUGGGACCAAGUGCAUCCUCUCCAAAACCAUCUGCUACAAACCAUACGGAGCAAAUUGGACCUCAGGCUAAGGAGGACAUCGGUAGAAAACUGGAUUCUGCAAAAGAACAAAACUGCAACAAAGAGCAAGAGUUUAAAAAAAUGAAAACGAAACAAAAGCACCUUCAAAACGCUGGGGAAGAGGAAGAUCCUGAAGACGGGACGGCGGGAGACCACGAAGCGAAGGAAUCCAGGGAUGGGCUUGGAGGCCAUUUUGCUCCCGGUCCUUCGUCCCUCGGAAGGAUGCUUAUGUCAGCGCAGGAAGAGACCGAAUGGGAGAAGCUCAUCCGAACUGGCCAGAUGACUCCCUUUGGGACGAAAAUGCUUCCGAAAGAAGAGAGGAAGCCCCGGCGGAUCAUGCUGAACGAAACGUCGGGUUUUGAAAAGCUUUUGGCAGAUCAGGAGAAGCUCCUGUCCCAGAGGAAGAAAACCCCCUUUCGUAAGGGGGCCCAGCAGAAAGCGCGGGGUAGCCAGGCCAAAUCCCCAGCCUCUCUCACCAAAGGCAGGAGGAGCAAAGGCCCACCAGAGGCUGCUGGCCCUCUGCGGCGGCAGCAGGAGGAGGAACAGGCUGUCUGCCUUCAGGCCAAAGCCAAGCUUCCCCAGGCCGGGGAAUCAGAGAAGAGGGAGCAGCAGGAGGAGUGGGAGGCCUCUGGAUGCAGGGGGUCUCGUGAAGACCUCAGCCUUUCAGAGGAGGAGGAGGAGGGUCUGGGUGUGAAUCGUCCCGUGUCCUGGGAAGACCCAUUGAAGCAAGAAGACCACUCGGAUGAUGAUUUCUUCCCGAGUUCUUCCGAAGAAGACGAAGGCAAAGAAGGAGAGGGCCUUACUAGGAGGCGGAGAAUAAAGAGAUACAAGGACGAUGGCAAUGAAGAUUACUAUAAGCAAAGGUUAAGGAGGUGGCACAGACAGCAGCUGAGGGACCGGAAAGGGCAGCGUCAGAGCACGGCCGAAGAGUCUGACGAAAGCGAUGCGGAAUUUCUUGAGGGUUUUAAAGUUCCAGGUUACCUCUUCAAGAAACUGUACAAGUACCAGCAGACAGGUGUGAGGUGGCUGUGGGAGCUGCACUGCCAGCAGGUAGGAGGCAUCCUGGGGGACGAGAUGGGCCUGGGCAAGACCAUCCAGAUAAUUGUCUUCUUGGCAGGCCUGAGUUACAGCCAGAUCAGGACUCGCGGCACAAAUUACAGGCACAGAGGGCUGGGCCCCACCGUGAUCGUCUGUCCCACCACCGUCAUGCAUCAGUGGGUGAAGGAGUUCCACGCCUGGUGGCCGCCCUUCAGAGUGGCAGUUCUGCACGAGACGGGCUCCUACGCGGACAAAAAGGUAAAACUGAUUCGUGAAAUUGUGGCCUGCAAUGGAAUCUUGAUAACCUCCUAUUCUUACAUUCGCUUGUUGCAAGAGAACCUCCAGAGGCAUAACUGGCAUUACGUGAUUCUGGACGAGGGACAUAAAAUUCGGAAUCCGAAGGCUGCAGUUACACUGGCUUGCAAACAGUUCUCCACUCCUCAUCGGAUCAUCUUGUCCGGGUCACCUCUGCAAAACCACCUCAAGGAGCUGUGGUCUCUCUUUGAUUUUGUGUUUCCAGGGAAGUUGGGGACCCUCCCUGUCUUCCUGGAGCAGUUCUCGGUCCCCAUAACCAUGGGGGGAUAUUCCAACGCCUCUCCGGUCCAGGUGAAAACCGCGUACAAGUGUGCCUGUAUUUUACGGGAUACGAUUAACCCCUACCUGCUGCGCAGAAUGAAGGCCGAUGUUCAGAUGAGCCUCUCCUUGCCAGAUAAAAAUGAACAGGUCUUAUUUUGUCGCUUGACGGCUGAACAGCAAGAACUCUACAAAAAGUUUAUUGAUUCCAAAGAAGUCUAUCAGAUCCUCAACAGAGAAAUGCAGAUCUUCCCAGGGCUGAUAGCCCUAAGAAAAAUGUGCAACCACCCUGACAUCUUCUCCGGCGGACCGAAGGUUCUGAAGGGGACCCCCGAGGAGGACCUCAAGGAAGAAGACCAGUUCGGCUUCUGGAGGCGUUCUGGGAAGCUGAUAGUCGUGGAGUCCCUGCUGAAAAUCUGGCACAAGCAGAGCCACCGGGUGCUGCUCUUCACCCAGUCCAGGCAGAUGCUGCACAUCCUUGAAGAGUUUUUAAAGCAGAGGAACUACUCCUACCUCAAAAUGGACGGCACCACCACAGUGGCCUCGAGGCAGCCUCUGAUUGGGAGGUUCAAUGAGGAUGCGUCCAUCUUUGUCUUCCUCCUCACUACUCGCGUUGGUGGGCUUGGGAUUAACCUGACGGGCGCAGACCGGGUGAUCAUCUACGACCCUGACUGGAAUCCCAGCACAGACACUCAGGCUCGGGAGCGCGCGUGGAGGAUCGGCCAGACCAGGGACGUGACCGUGUACCGGCUCCUCACCGCAGGGACCAUUGAGGAGAAGAUUUACCACAGGCAAAUAUUCAAACAGUUCCUGACGAACAGAAUCCUGAAGGACCCCAAGCAGAGGCGCUUCUUCAAAUCCAACGACCUCUACGAGCUCUUCACCCUCAGCACUCCGGACGGAGCCCAGGGGACCGAAACCAGCGCCAUCUUCGCAGGAACCGGUUCUGAUGUCCCAGCACCAAAGCGGCCGUUGAAACGUCGCAGUGCCAACCUUUCUGCAUUUUCCAAGAGGCGCCAAGCGAAGCCGACCUCCACCAAGGCCGAUUCCUUCCUAGCAAGGGAGCGUGAGAAUGCAGCCCUCGCAGCAGGGGAGGCAGUCGAGGGGAACUCGGAAACAUCCCCUCCUCCCCUUCCAAAAGACCCCAACCAAACUCCCCCCGCCCAUACGGAUUCCUUCCUGGGGACCGGAGAGGAGCCUUCAGCGGUGGGGAAGGGGGCCCCGUGUGACAGAGAUCCAGAUUCCUGCAAGAUCUGGACCCCUUUUGUAAAUCAUUUGGGAAAUCCAAGGAUACACAGCAUAAUGAAGCAUGACGCCAUAAUGGAAGCUUCUAGUCCAGAUUAUGUGCUGGUGGAAGCAGAGGCCAAUCGUGUGGCUCAAGACGCCCUCCGAGCCCUGAAGGUUUCUCGACAACGAUACCGUGGAGUUGCUUCUACUUGGGCUGACGGCGCCUCCACUCGGUUCAAAAGCAGAUUUGGCCAGAAGAGGAACCCAAAUCUCAUGAUAUCCUCAUCGUCUUCCAAUCAGGCUUCAGGGAAAAAGUGCAAGUUGAAACAGGAACAGCUGAUAGUGAACGAGGGUGAGAGGGAGAGAGGAGACCCUGCCGGCAGCAGACUCGCUCCCUUCGAUGGAGAGGCCUCUUCGAGCGCUCUGGACUCCUCUUCGUUGCUGGCCAAAAUGAGGGAAAGGAACCACCUGACUGGAUCCCAGCAGAGGGCGGAUCCGGCUGAGGGGAGCUUCCAGCACAGGAUCCCCGGGGCCCCCACGGCCCCCACAGAGCACGAUGAGCUGCUCUCGGAUAUCCGGAGCUUCAUGGCUUUCCAGGCCCAGCUGCCGGGCCAGGCCAGCACGCGCGAAAUCCUGCAGGAAUUUGGCUCCAAGCUGACCACGCAGCAGUCCUGCGUCUUCCGGGAGCUCCUGAGAAGCCUCUGCACUUUCCACCGGCAGUCGGGGGGCGAAGGGCUUUGGAAGCUCAAGGCGGAAUUCACCUGACCGCCCCUGGCUCUCUCCCACUGGGGCUUUCCAGUAGCGUCUCAGGGCACUCGUGUGUCCUCUCCGACACAGAGGCUGCCACCGACUUUAUAAAGCAGGAAUAGAAGCCAGCCGGACGUUUCCCUAUUUAAGGGAGCAUUAAAGUGGAUUCCUAGUAAGCUUUCUGGUAAAUCAUGCAAUUGGAAAAAGAGCGAGCUGUGUGCCUAAAUAAACAGUACCUUAAAAGUAACAUUCCAGGGAUUAGCCACGCACAUCAGCAGCCUUAGUAAGAACUACCUUCGGAGUCGAAAAACACCGGCGUCCCAUAAAAAUGCCGUCUGUAUGCCAGACAUUCUGGCCAUAGAGAAAGUUAAGUGGAAAUUCCUGAGCCACCUGGUUUGGUUUUGAACUUCUAAUAACAGCAGCCUUCUCAGCAUUUUGGGAGCUCCUGACCUGCUGGAUAUUUAAGAGUUUGUGUCCUGCUUGUAAAAAGAACACAAUUUUGUACCAAGUUGUAAAAAGCAGUAGAGCCCCUGUCUGCUGGGCAGAAUGGGCCUCUUCUGCCAGGUGUAGUUUCAGACCACCCCCUCCUUGGCCCUUUCCCCACCUGCCCAGUGGUGGCCUCUAGAGUCCAGCUCCCCAGGCUGCUCAUUGGAAACGUGCAGCGAGCAGCACGGGUGCGUGUGUGUGGCUGCAGGCUCCUGGGUUGUGGCCGCCUCUCCUUGCCGAAGUUUUUGGGUUUGCCAGCCAUUCACUCGCUCUGCAUGGCUGCACCUCUCAAGCAAGCGGGCAGCCGGCAAGACUUAGGCGGCACAAUAGGCGGCAGCUGAGGCAGGGCCGCCAGGGGGCACGAAGCGCUCCAAGGGUGGCGGCUGGGCCGGUUUUUCCAACGGGAGCCCCAAAUUGCACACCAGUUCUGUAAGGCCACCCCCGUCCAGGACAAGAGAAGGAGAAUCCCGAGGAAUGGGGGUCCUGGACCCCAGAGCCCUCCCCCCCCUUACGAGGCUUGAAUGGCCUUGUUCUGCCCCGUCCAGGCCUCUGCAGCCACCGGGCAGAGCGGCCCAGGGUGGAGACGGAAGACGGCACAUUCAUCAAGUUUUAUUUAGGAGGAAUUUUUAUUUUUAUUUUUUGCAAGAGGCAGCCUUUCCCCUGAGGGAACCUUAAGAAAUGAUUCCGUUGCUUUCUACAGGAUAAGGUUCUCAUUCAGUGCAGCAGUUUCAGCUGUAAACCUAUAAAAUACAACAAGCUUCUCUUGAUUCUGACUUCCCCUCAGCCGCCUCCCUAUUAAGGCUGGGAGGAAUUUUCCCAGGCAGAGACGGGAGGUUGAAUCCGUUCUCUUGAUACCUUUUUCACCCCCCCCCCCCAAAGUAAAUUCCAGAAGGCCUGAUAAGAGAAAGGAAAAGAAAAGGAGAUCACUGGCUCCUCUACGCUUCUGUGCUGUGUGGAUGAAAUGAAGGCCCAGCCCAGAAGCCAGGCAGUUUCAUCCCUGCGAUGGAGAAGUGCCGGUUAAAAUACUUGGGGCGGAGGAGGGGAUAGCAGUUCUGGAUGACGUGGCAGACUAUGUGCAUCUCUCUCGUCUUCAUGCAGCUGGGGAUUGGAGAAUUAACGAGGGUUUCAUGGAGAAAAGACUUUGCUAAAGUCCCAGAGAUUUUGCAGAAAGGGGGGUGAGCAGCAAGAAGUCUUCACAUCUUGUGUUUGCAGGCAUUCUGCUGAGAAAGAUGGAGUGAUAGGCCUGAAGGUUUACUUCCUUUCCAUUCUUAUUUUAUCAUAUUUCCAUAUUGAUCAUCACACUUAAUGUGCCUUGGUGGUUUACAGAUAAAAUAAUAAAAUUACACAUGAGCUAUAGUUAAAAAUCAAGUUAGAAAACAGAUUAAAGUUAAAGAGAGCAAUUGCAAAGUUAAAAGGCAGAGGGGGGAGGGCUUUCAGCCCAUAAAUGACCCCCCCCCCCAAGAUGUGUGUUGCUCUUGGACACACAGACACCCUCAGGGCAGUUGGCCGGAGAGGGGGUGCCCGCCUUCUGGAUCUGACCCAGUCCUUUCCCAAAACGCAUGAAAUCCUGUGUUAUUGUGGUGGGUGUCCCGGUCACCCCAAACCCUCCCUUGACAAGGUCUCUGAGGAUUCAUGGAGCCUCCCUAAGGUUUCCAUUCAACUGUCUGAUAAGGCUCCUUGUCUCGGCAGUCACACAUUUGAACCUGAAUACCUUCCUUAUUUAUAAAAAUAAAGAUAGUAAAGACAGGAUCCAACGGUUCCUCCUGGAUCCAGGGAGACCUGCCACAGGAUUUGGCCUGGAGCCUGAGCCUCGCCUAUGUUUUUAUUCAUGGCUUGGGUGAAGGAGUAAAGAAAUGCCAGUCACAUCUGCAGCUGACCUAAAAUUGGGUCUGAUACAAGACAGAAUUAUUCCAGAUUCCUUCAGUCGGUUAAAAAUGCUAGGAGCAAAUAACGGGAUUCGAUUCAGUGGGGGGACUGGUGUGAUUCCCCCUGAAGCCAUCGGAAGCAGAGACUUAAGCCAGGGAGGCCUCGCUCAGUGGCCUCCGUCAGAAGGAGCCCUGCGUGAGGCAACAGGGUGAAAACAGUGUGUAAUCAAGGAUAAUGUGCAAUUAACAAUGGGGCCAUGUUUAAUCAAGGAUGAUUUGUAAUUGG